AUUGCUUCAAUCUAAAGUCUCAUCUUGCUCUCUUUAACUCCCCUUCUUAUAGUAGAAUUCUCUCCGGAGAAACAAAACAAAACAAAAUGGGGAUUUUGAGGAGAUCAAAUGGAUACUCAAAGGUGGAUAAGGAAGACCCGGAGGAGUUAAUUCAUCGACGAGCUCAGUUCUUGAUCUACAAAGUGAUGGAGCAAGCGGAUUGUAGGAGAAAACCAUCGUUUAUACGAAUCAGAUUGUGUAGGCUGAAGGUGAAGAUCGGGGGGAAAUUGAAGAAGCUAAGGAAGAGUGCGGUGGUUAGUAUUUCGGCAGAAAGAAUCGGUGUUUACAAGCAGCUUAUGAAUCAGUUGAAGACAUGGCGACGAUUGUUUAAACGUGCUACCCAUCAUGGCACCAUUGCUACCCUUCCUCGUCCAUUCUUCACUUGAAAACAUAGGUU